CUCACGAAAUCAAAACAACUUCCGGUGAUGUGAAGACUACUUCCGCGAAGUCUCAAGGAGAUUUCUAUCAGAAUCGUUUCAAACAUGCGAGGAAAACAACGAAGUCCGGGAGAAAUAUGUGCCGAUUGUGCUAUGACAGAUCCAGGAUGGGCCUCCCUGAAUCGAGGUGUCCUGAUCUGUGACGAGUGCUGCAGUGUUCACAGGAGUCUUGGAAGGCACAUAUCUCAGAUCAGAGCCCUCACUCAUGGACCCCCUUGGCCACGCAGCCUCUAUGAGAUGGUGCAUGCUCUUGUUAGCAAUGGAGCCAACUCUAUCUGGGAGCAUUCACUUCUGGAUCCAUCGCAAGUCAGGAGUGGCAAAAGGAAACCUAACCCCAAGGACUCUGUCCACCCAUUCAAGUCUGACUUCAUCCGAGCCAAGUAUCAAAGGUUAGACUUUGUCCACAGGCUCAAGGAUGGUGACGAGGCCACAGUCAAGGAUCUUAGCAGACAACUCCACUCCAGUGUCAGGACAGGCAACCUGGAGACUUGUCUGAGGCUACUCUCGCUCGGUGGACUCGCAAACUUCUACCAUGCAGAGAGAUGUAACACGCCCCUUCAUGUUGCUGCUAAGGAGGGUCAGAUGUUACAGUGCGAGCUACUGAUAGUCUACGGUGCAGACCCUGGGGCGCUGGAUAGCGAUGGGCAGACGCCGGCCGAUCUUGCCAAGGAUGAAGGUCAUUUGGAGGUCGCAGAGAGACUGGUUCAAUGCCAAUAUGAACUCACCGACAGACUCACAUUCUUUGUGUGUGGAAAGAGACCAGAUCACUCAUCUAGCACCCAUUUCUUGAUCCCUGAGAUGGCCGAUGGUUCGUUAGACAGAUCGGAUGCCGCAGACCAGGCCAGGAAAAAGCUCCAAAGUUUGAGUAAUCAUUUAUUUGAGGAGCUAGCCAUGGAUGUCUACGAUGAAGUGGACAGAAGAGAACUAGAUUCUCUGUGGGUAUCAUUGAACAAACCUAGUCUGGUUGGAGGCGAUAGCUCCAUGCCCUUUCUACCACUCAAUCCGGAACUCUCUGCUACAAGGAAUCAGGGAAGACAAAAGCUUGCCAGGUUCAGCGCUAGGGAGUUCGCUACUCUCAUCAUUGACAUCUUGAAGGAGGCCAAGAGGAGACAGCAGGGGAACCUGACCCUAUCAAGGCAUGGAGAUCAAGUUGAGAUUGUUCGAGAACCGCCACCAGUCCCUCCGGCGCCCGAGAAGUCCCCCACAUCGCCCAGCAACAUCGCCUCCUACGACGAGGACAAUGAGCCCCUGUACGACAGCGUCUGCUCCGACGAUGACUACGGCGAGGUGGCCGAGAAUGCCAACUUGAAGAACGGAGGCAACGUGAACCUGAGAAACCGCUCAAAUCAGAACUCAACGGUAAGCCCCAAUUCAGUUUUUCUCGCACCGUGCACACUCGCAUUUUAUUAUAAUUUUUAUGUGACAAUGCUAUUAUCUACUUCACCGUGGCACCUCACACUGACACACAAUAUCGCCCAGUAUCCAUGCGAUCCAAAAUUCCCUGCGUGUCCGGAUGGCUCAUCACGAGACUCCAUCCAGGUCACCACUGCUAACGUGACGGUCAACUCAGAUGACGGGGAUGGAGGGACUAUUACAGCGACUGUGGAUGCCACGGAGGCAGCUAACAACAUUGUUCACUGUGGUGACACCUAUACCUGUGGGAGUUUGGCCUUCAUGAUACUAGCUAACUACUCUACCCAGUACUGCUUGGGGGUUGCACUAGGAGAAAGUGCUAAUGUGGACUAUGGUUACAUCUUUAUCGAUGCAGUCGUGUCUGUAGAAUACACAGGAGAUUCGGGAAGUUCUCUGUUCGAAGCAAACUUCAUAGGAUAUUUUGAAGGGUCUAAGUAUUACGGUGAAAUCCCCUGCACUUUCUUUGGCAUCGAUUACAAGACGACUAUGCUCACAAAUCCACUAGAUGGAUCUACGCUAUCGACAUUUACUAAAUGCACGUCUUCUACAGACUCACCAACCAAUGAACCCAUCACGAGUGUACCGUUGGAAACGACUUCUCCAUCCCUCACCUCCUCAUCUUCGCCUACAUCCGACCACACCUUGACCGCAUCAGUGAGUUCUCCUCCAGAUAUCACUGCAGUAUCUAUGUAUACUUCUACAUCUUAUACACCUGGUCUGAAUGAUUCAUCUACACAGCAGACUGAGAUAAUAUCUCUCAAGGGCCACGGCUACUAUAAGAGCUUUGACUAG